AUGAGCCGUACUCCCUCUGUGAAAGAACUGGAAUCUGUAAUUCGUGUGUUGAGCCCUUCUUCUGUUUCCCUCUCUGUUCAUGUGAAACCCAACUGCAAAAAGACGGGAAUUGAAUGGGAAGAAGAGCAACUGCAAAUCCGUCUCAGUUCUCCUCCGACAGAGAACAAAGCCAACAAGGAGGUGUGUGAAGUUGUUUCUGACAUUGCUGAUAUUCCAAAGAGUCAAGUGUCGCUCAUUCGAGGAGGGAAAUCUCGAGACAAGGAAUUAAUGUUGAAUGGAGUUUCGAGUGAAGGUCUUAUUCAGUCCCUGUUACAAGCACUGCAACAAUACUUGUGUUUGUGUACAAAUAGCCAAUUCAUUCGAUUUGGAUUGAACGAGACUGUGUUUACUUUGCAUAUAGAUUUCGUACUACCAUCGAUUCUUUGUGAUUUUGGGUACAAAAAUGCAGAAAAAUAUUGA